AUGAGCUCCGCAUGGAGUCUUACAAUACUUAUAUUACUCUACCUAUUUGUGGCACUUCAUUAUGGUCUGACCUGCUUGUUGAAUUUUAAGCCAUCUGAGCUGAAGAAUUCAGUGUUUAACGCUGAAAUUGAGAAGGACUAUGGCGUCAGCGUUCGGAACUUACCGUACAUUGCAGCUCUUAUUGUGGCAAAUGUUUCAUCAAAAGCCGAGAUACAAACAUCUGAUGUGUUCGGCUUGAUAAGCGUCUCAAUUGUCAUCAUGGCGACAUUCGCAGUGAUGCUUUUUUGUGGAAUAAGUGAAUUUUAG